GUGAACUGUCUGCAACAAAAAAAUGAAAGCCAUAACUCUUUGCCUACUCGUCCUGGUUUCCGCCAGCUGUAUGCUGAGCGCGAGCGUGAGUGCCAAUGCCGUGGACUCCGUCGUGUUCGAUGAUGAGCAAAUCGAUAUGCUCUUGGCCGAAUUGGACUCCGCUGAAGAUCAGGAUUAUAUGGACAUUGAAUCGUAUGGUUUCAUUCUCUCCUGCAAAAAGAUUUUGAGAAAAGCCCUCAAGUCGAUUCGCGGAACCAAUUGCAUUCUGAAGGAGGUUGUUGCUGUUUUGGACGCAUGCACCAAAUAUGUGGAGGCAAUCGAUGCAUGCGGUGUGGCUGUUCCCAAGGAUGUGGCCAAAAUCUUGGCCAAUGUGAAAUCCAUAAUAACUAUUUGCAAUAACAUUAUCCAUGCCAAUUCGACUUACUGUGACACCACCGCCGAAGCCGAGGCCGACUCUACCACCAGCAACGUUUCUACCUCUGCCAAGUGCUUUACCAAAGUCUUUGUGGCCACCAUGAAGUUGGUCCGCAAGAUCAAUGUCACCUUGAAGUUGAUGGCCAAAUUGCCUUCUGAUACCAGCUCCUGCUUUUUGGAUGCCACCAAUACGGUGAAGACAGUCUUCAAUAAAUUCUUGCCCAACAUUAAUUUGUGCAUUGAUUCGAUGUAAAAAUUGAAUAAAAUAAACGAACAUUUAUGAGCAAA